UCAAAGGCAGACAGAAGUGGGGGAAGUAGGAAGACAAGUGAGACAGAAAUUGAAUUUGUGUUUUAUUUAAAAGGGCAGCUUUCUUCUUCCUAAUUAACCCACACUCAUAAAUGAAAUGAAAUUAAACUGUUUAGUUGUUUUCUUAGAUUAGAUGAAGAGCCACAACAUGCUCUUCCUCUUGCGCUUUCAAUAUCCAUGUCCAUCUCCUUCUCCGUUUGCAUUUGGGUGCACCCGACCUAAACCAUAUCGUUCCCCACAGCUCUCCUUCUCCACUCCGCGCCGCCCUCGCCGUUCCCGCUCUUCCCGCUCCCCUUGGAACCACAGCCACAACAGCCAUAGCCUUAGCCUUAAACGGACCAUCGAUUUCGAGUCCUCCGCCGAUAACCCCAAUCUCAAAUUGCUCCUCCACUUUGACCCAAUCUCACCCCUCUCUUCCUUCGACCGCUUCGUCUCUUUCUCCUCUGAUGCUUUCCAAGACCUCCUACAUUCGGUUCAUAUCGAUACCCAGACUCGCACCUUUCGGUUCUCCUGCCGCAAGUCCACCCUUCAGUUCCUUGCUGGUUUCCUCGUUUGCGGCUUCCUCGUUGCUUUUGCUUUCAGGGUUUGUUUCAGGCUCGGUUUGGCCUUUAAGGCUCGGUUUUCGCCUAAACAGAAGGUUAUUGUCCGGAGGGAUCGGAGUCUCGGUGGCAAAGAGGUCAUUGUUGGGACAACCAGAGACCACCAUCACCCCCGUACUAAUUCCAGUGCUUUAGACAAUCCCUUAUCCUUAUCCGCCACGCCUCCAAAUCUUGCCAAUAAGACCCAUUAUCCACGUCUCCAUGUUCGUCACGAGUUGCCCAAAUGGUGGCCUCAACAGCUGCCUCAGCGUAACACUGCUUCCGUCUUCGAUUCCGAGUAUUACCAGACGAAGGCCAAUAGAUUAAUCAAAGCAAUCAUCGACAAUAGAUUGGGUGGAAAAGACUUUUCCGAGGAGAAUAUAAUUCAAUUGCGUCAAAUAUGCAGGGCAUCCGGUGUGUGUGUCUCCAUUGACACAACAAACACGCGGGAUUCAUUAUAUCGUGCAGCGGUUGAGUUGGUUUUAAACGUUUGCUGUAGGGCACCAAUCAACUCUACAAAUGUUCAGAUUGAUGGUGAAGAUGCUCGAGAAUUCCUUGCUGGGCUAGCUGAAAAUAUUGGACUUGACAAUAUCCGUGCUUCUAGAAUGGUAUCUGCUGGUGUUGCUGCAAGAACACGUUUUUGUUUUCUGCAGGCUUGGGCUUUUGAAAUGCAAAGUAAACAUACAGAAGCAGUAUCGGAACUGUCAAAGAUAUGUCUCAUACACGGCAUCUUUCCUCCUGGAAAGUCAUCUCCUGAGAUGGAGAUGGUUGCAAGAGGAUUGGAGAAAAUUUUGAAGGUGGAACAAAGGGAAUUAUUGAUGGCUACGGUGGUAGGGUAUUGUAAUUGUAGUGAAGAAAUUCGUACAAGUGCGGCUGAGGCUCUGGGUUUGGUAUGUUAAAGACAUAUUUCUCUUCUAUUAUGUUUGCCAAACCCCACAAAAUUGUAUUCUUUCUUUUUGCUUCAAAAUUAAUAUGGAAAUCCCAUUAAUAAUAAUGAUCUCAUCAACGUCAA